UAUAAACAACGUAAUAUUUAAAUAAAAAAAGCCAAAGACAUAAUCUUUACAAACAUUGCAAUGGAGUUCACUCUCCAAUGGAGGUUUUGAAAUGUGUUGGUCUUUCUCCCUCCUCUCCAAGUCGUCGUCUUCCUUUUUCAGACCCUCCAUUUUCACAUCCCCUCUUCAGUUCACUUCUCUUCUUAGCAACUGCCGCCACCAUCUUCACCUUUAUCAAGUCCAUGGCUUCAUGUUGCAUAGAGCUCUUGAUCAAGACAAUCUCUUUCUCUCCCAAUUCAUCGACGCUUGUACCUCGCUUGGCCUCUCUUCAUACGCCUUUUCUAUCUUCUCAAACAAAGCCCACCCCGAUCUUCGUCUCUACAACACCGCCAUUAAAGCCCUUUCUAAGACAUCUUCUCCCAUUGACGCCAUUUGGCUUUACACCAGGAUUCAGAUUGAUGGGCUGCGUCCGGAUUCCUACUCUAUUCCGUUUGUUUUGAAGGCUGUUGUUAAGUUAUCCGCUGUUGAAGUUGGGCGGCAGAUUCAUGCUCAGACGGUUUCUUCAGCGUUGGAUAUGGAUGUGAAUGUUGCCACUUCUUUGAUUCAAAUGUAUUCUUCUUGUGGGUUUGUUUCUGAUGCCCGUAAGCAGUUUGAUUUUGUUGGUUUUAAGGAUGUGGCUUUGUGGAAUGCUAUGGUUGCUGGGUAUGUUAAAAUUGGUGAACUUAAGAAUGCACGUAAGGUGUUCAAUGAAAUGCCUCAAAGGAAUGUGAUAUCUUGGACUACUUUGAUUGCUGGGUAUGCACAGACCAAUAGGCCCCAUGAAGCGAUCGAGCUGUUUAGGAAGAUGCAGCUUGAGGAAGUGGAGCCCGAUGAAAUUGCAAUGUUGGCUGUGCUCUCUGCUUGUGCUGAUCUAGGGGCUCUUGAACUUGGGGAGUGGAUCCAUAACUAUAUUGAAAAGCAUGGUUUGUGUAGGAUUGUUCCACUGUACAAUGCUCUUAUAGAUAUGUAUGCAAAGUCAGGCAAUAUAAGAAGAGCACUGGAAGUUUUUGAGAAUAUGAAGCAGAAAAGUGUCAUAACUUGGUCCACCGUGAUUGCUGCCUUGGCUCUUCACGGGCUUGGACGAGAAGCUAUUGAUAUGUUUCUUAGAAUGGAGAAGGAAAAAGUUAGACCGAAUGAAGUAACUUUCACUGCAAUUCUAUCUGCUUGCAGCCAUGUUGGGAUGGUCGAUGUGGGUCGCUAUUAUUUUGAUCAAAUGCAAUCAAUGUACAGAAUUGAGCCACAAAUUGAGCACUAUGGCUGUAUGAUUGAUCUGUUGGCUCGUGCUGGUUAUCUACAAGAAGCACAUAAACUGCUUCAUGAUAUGCCAUUUGAAGCAAAUGCCAUGAUAUGGGGGUCUCUUCUUGCUGCUUCCAAUACACAUAAAGAUGCCGGGCUUGCACAGCAGGCUUUGAAGCAUCUUGCUAAGCUGGAGCCUGAAAAUAGUGGGAAUUAUGUGCUUUUAUCUAAUACAUAUGCUGCUCUUGGUAGGUGGAAUGAAUCUGGAACGGUGAGGAAGUUGAUGAGAAAUGCAGGUGUAAAGAAGGCUCCGGGUGGAAGUGUUAUCGAAAUCAAUAACAGAGUGUAUGAAUUCCUCGCUGGAGAUAAGUCAGAUUCCCAUGUACAUGAGGUUUAUCAUGUAUUAUGCAAGAUAAUUCUGCAGUUGAAAAUGGCUGGAUCGUAUCAGGAAGAAUGGUGUAAGUUUCUUAACUACGAUGAAUGAUAUGAAUUGGUUUCAUUAUUAUUCAUUCUUAAAAAAUAUUGAAAGAAUUUUCACCUUUUGCCGUCGAUAUUAAAUUUUAAUGUUACAAAGCAGUCUAUUUGGGACAUUUGGUCCCAGAUCGUGAGAAACCAUUUGACCUUGGGACUUCUGGGACUGUUUUGUAAGACUAAAGAUUUUAACAGUAACUUUUGAAUGAAAAGUGAAAAAUUAGGCUUUAAAAUGUAACUUUUAUUCGAAAUACUUUGUAUGGGGAAUUCAGAGAAAAUGAAUUCAUACGAAGAGUCAACAUGGCAAUACUGCCCAAGUUGGAGAAGGGCAAGCAAGAUUGAAGCUUCAUAAUCCAGCCAUGGUAAUCAAACUUCUUGAUCCAACCGGAGUUUUUUCUGCAUUGCCAAGUGAAGCAGGAGCUAUUUCAUCUCUACGCUGUUUGUUGAUUAGCUUAGUUGGCAUAACUCAGUUGAUAAGGUAUCGAACCAUUACCAUCUCAAAAGUCGAUGGUUCAAAUCCACCCUUAAAUUUUUUCCUAAAAAAUUCAAAAGAUCGCCAUAUUCUAGACACUUGGGGUCAAGAUCCCUAUUGUCGGUGCAUUGUGCAAAGGAUCUGUCUUGGGUGAGCCAGAGACUUCAUUCAUCAUUUCAUUUUUUGACAGAAUUCUUCAACCUUAAGGUACAAGUUUUAGUUCAAGAUUCAAUCACUGUGCUGAUGUGGAAGUUGAAGUCAGGUGGUUAGCGGGAUCGGGAUGUUAGUGAACUUGUCCAACCAAAACGAUUAGAAAUAACUGAAAGGAGUUGAACAGGUUUGACAUCUUCUUGCUACUCCUAAAGGACAAGGGUAAUAUUUGGAACAGCCAUGGAUAAUGAAGCAAGGAUAAUGGACAUAAAGAGAGUCUUCUUAGGAUUAUAGUUUCAUUUGAGGUCAAAAGCUUGCAGCUCUCACUCUCAGUUUCUACAAUGAGAUAUCUUCAGUUGAAAGGUCAUGCUUUUUUUUUUUCCUUCUAGAAAGUUUCAUGAUGCUCAAAUAAACCAUGCAAUUUCCAAUUUUGACUCUUGGGAUGCUUUAGUUUGUUGCAAAUAGUUGUUACUUCUUUUAGUCUCUCCCAAGGUGUGGGAUCAAAUGAACUUUCUUGGAUUAAGCAUUAUCGAAACAAUGUGUCUUCUGUUUUGUCUUUACUAUUUUUGUGUUAUUUUAUAUAUAUAUUGAUCUUUUAAGAAGAA